CAAAGCUGAGAGAGUGCUAGAAUCGCGGCUUUUAAAAAUACUGUAGCUUGUAACUUGUAAAUCUAUAGAGAACUACGGGUUUCAAUGAGUCUGAGACUUAUAUAAGGAGUUAUUUUUGACAGUUCUGAACGAGUCAGUAAAUUCACGUUUCUUUUGAUAAAGAGAUGAGCUCAGCAGUAGAUGGGGGAGACCCUACCACAUACCCACUUGUUGACAACCUCAUUGAAGAUGAGGCUGAGAAAGAGUUCCUUCUGGCCAAACCCACAUGUUUCAUUGUGGUUGGGAAACCUGGUGUAGGAAAGUCUAUGCUUGCCAGGAGAAUCGCUCAGCAUUUUAGGUGUGUCCUUGUUGAUGAUACGCAGCUUCUUAAUUACCACAUCAACAAUGGUACAGAACUGGGUUUGAAGAUGAGGGACACCCUUAACAGGGGGAACAGCAUUCCAGAGGAAACGGUCAUUGAGAUGGUUCUCAACAAGCUCAAGUCUCCAGAAGUGGAGCAUUAUGGUUAUGUGCUGAGCUGCCUGCCCUCCAUGGACGAAGACUACUUGAAGAUACCCGAACAAAUAGAGACCAUAAAAAACCUAAAAAUGGCACCAGAUUUCAUUGUAAAUCUUAAGAUCCCCGACACUGUCCUGAUCCAGCGUCUUUGCAGCCAGCGGUUUUACCUAGGAAUGGAAGAGGUCUCCUGGAAAGAGGAAUGGGACGUCGUCAAAAAGGAGAAAGCCAAGGGAGAAGAGGAUGAGGGAAAGGAGAACAACCAGGCAGAGGAAGAGUCGGAUGAGAAGGAUCUUCCCAGAGACGUAUUCGCACGAACUGUCCGACUGGGGGAAAAUUUCCCAGAAAACGUUUACAGAAGAAUCCGUUUAUUCAAAGACACUUUGCUCAGACCCUUAGAGGACUUCAUGAUGAGCCAUGAUCCGCUCUUCCAGUUCGAGCUGGAUGGAAAUAAGGACCCCGAUGAGCUGUUUUUGUCGCUGAUGUCGCGCCUGGAGCCCAUGGCUGUCCGGAGAGCCGCGGUGCCCGUACAGCUCAUGCAGACAGAGGAGGAGGAGCCAGUGGAGGAGAUGGAGACCGAAGAGCUGCUGCGAACCCUGUCCAUAUGCAAGCAGGUGGCCCCUGGGUUCCGCUGGAGGCGCAGCCGCUGGGCCUGUUUCUGUCCCGUGGCGCUCCGGGAGGGGAAGGUCGUCCGCGGGAAGCUAGAGUUCGCCGUCAGCUUCCUGGAUAAGAUCUACGUGCUGUGUUCUCAGUGGGCCCUGCUGAAGUUCACGCGCAACCCGCGGCCCUACCUCCUGCCGCCAAUGCCCCGCCGCCCGUGCAGGGUGGCAGUGGUGGGACCCCCGUGCUCGGGGAAGAGCACGCUGUGUGCGCUCAUAGCCAAGCACUAUGCCUCCGUGGUGGUGGAUACGGAGGCCCUGGUGAGACCCGCGCUCGAUCAGGCAAGAGCCGCUAUGCUGGAGAAGAUCCGGGCGGAGGUCACACCUACUGCCAUAGCAAAGGUCAAGGCGAGUCUAGGGGUGGAGGCCACUGGCAGGGCAGACAGCACAAAGCCAGGCAUCGGCCAGGAGGGAGAUGCACAAGAGAAGCAGGCAUACGAUGGGAUGGAAGUAACGGAAAGUCACCCAAUGGUUGAAGCCAUGGUGAUGGAGGCUCUACAGGCAGCGGAGCUGGAUGUCACAUCACUGCCGUUGGAUCUCUUUGUGGACGUGCUGGAGAAGCACAUCCGGGAGAUUCAGUCCACUGACAUCCCAGGGCAGCUCAAGACAGGCUGGGUGCUGGACAACUUUCCAAGGAAUAGGAGUGAGCUGGUAGCCAUAGAGGACCAUGACAUCAUGCCAGACAUGUUGUUCUGCUUGAGAGAUAAUACAGAGGACGCUAAGACAAUACUGGCACGGAUAUACAAUGCCAAAAAAGAGGAGGUGAACGCAGCAAUUCUGAAGAGAAUGCAGGAGAAACGGAGGCAGGAAGCCCACCAAGCUCAGGAAGCCCAGGCAGUACAAGCAGUACAGGACUCCCGGGACUCCCAGGAGUCCCAAGAGGGCCAGGAGGGGCAAGAGGUUCAGGAAGCCGAGGAGGUCCAGGAGGUCCAGGAGACCCAGGAGGCCCAGGAGACCCAGGAGGCUCAGGAGGCUCAGGAGGCCCAGGAAGCCCAGGAAUCCCAGGAAGCCCAGGAAGCACAGGAGGUCCAGGAGGUCCAGGAAACCCAGGAAGCCCAGGAAGCACAGGAGGUCCAGGAAGCCCAAGAAGCCCAGGAGGCCCAGGAAGCCCAGAAGGCCCAGGAAGUCCAGGAAGUCCAGGAAGUCCAGGAGGUCCAGGAGGUCCAGGAAGCCCAGGAGGUCCAGGCGGCCCAGGAAGCCCAGGAGGUCCAGGCGGCCCAGGAAGCCCAGGAGGCCCAGGAAACGCAGGAAGCCCAGGAGGCCCAGGAGGUCCAGCAGGCCCAAGAAACCCAGGAGACCCAGGACACCAAGGAGACCCAGGACACCAAGGACACCCAGGAGACCCAGGAGACCCAGGACACCAAGGAGACCAAGGAGACCCAGGAGGACCAGGAGGCCCAGGAAGCCCAGGAGCACCAGGAAGGUCCCAAGGGUCAGGAGUCAGUGAGGCACACGGAGGAGUCAGAGGAGGGUUCGAGGUCUGCUCCUGAGGAAGAAGUCUUGUUGCCGGAGGUCUGGGAAAAAGGAUAUCCCGACAGCCCAGAAAUGGACGCCUUCAGAAAGAACGUGAAGCAGUUUUAUCAGGACUGGGAGAAAAUGCCGAUUUCGAAGAAAGCCAGCCUCAUAGCGCUCAACAUCGGCGGCAAGUCUCCGGAAGACCUUCUGUCCGAGGUGCUGUCCCUCAUGGAAAGGCCGUUCAGGUAUGCCGCCUGGGAGCUGUCCGACAUGGACCUGUAUGAGGAGGAAGAGGACGUCGUGGCCAUGGCAGAUGCCAUCACUGCUGAGGACGUGGAGGAGGAGGAGGAGGACAUGGAGGAGCAAGAACAGGAGGCCGAGGAGGAAACCUCUCUGCCCAAGAGGAUUAUGGGAGACACGAAGCACUUCUGCCCGGUGGUGCUGAAGGAGAAAUUCGUCCUGCUUCCCUGUGGCGACGACCACCCGGUCAAGUACAGAGAGAAGACCUACUACCUGUCCAGCCCGGAGGCCAAGGACGCGUUCCUGCACGCUGCAGAAGCGCAUGUCUCCAGUACCCAGCUGCUGCGGGCCCCACCCCUGAGGGUAUUCCUGCUGGGAGUGCGCGGCUCUGGGAAAUCCACCCAGGGCAGGUGGCUGGCCGACCGCCUGGGAAUCUUCCACAUCCAGUUCCGGGAGCGGCUGCAGGAGCUGAUCAUUGGCAAGACCCAGGUGAAGAUCCCCUACGGCGACGAGGUGGAAUCAGAAGACGAGAUGACCUUCCGCACCCUGGAGAGCGGCGAAGACGGCGUUCCGCUGGAGGUGUGUCCUUUCAGCUCCGCUCAGUUUCUCCAGUCUGCUGUGAGGACGGCACACACUUUGUAUCUGUACCCACAUGAACUGUCUUCUCCCCGACCCCUGGCUGAGUGGCAGGUUUUGCUCACUGAGGAAGAGGAAGCAAUCAAGUCUUGCCUGUUUGAUGGCGAGCCGCUGCUCCCAGAGGUGCUGGACGGGAUCGUCCCUCAGUGGUGGGAGCAGGAGCCCUACAGAUCUACAGGCUUCAUCCUUGAGGGGUUCCCCCAGAACCUGGAGGACGUGCAGUACCUGGUGGACCGCUUGCUCUUCCCGGACGCAGCCGUCAUCCUGAUGGUGGAGGAGAUAGACGUCGUGCACCGCCUGCUGCCCUCCCGCCUAGAACGCUGGAGGGAGAAAAGGAAGCGGAGGCGCGAGCAACGAAAAAAGGAGGCAGAAAUCAGACUCAAGGCCUGGGAAGAAGCAAGAGUUAAAAGAAGAGCUGAGCUCUUGGCUGAAGUUACAGCAGAACUGCAAGAACGGGAACUAGAGGAGGAUGAAGACUUCGAGCAAGCGCUUAGAGAUGCCGAGGAGGAGGUGGAGGCUAUGUUGCAGGAGGAGCUCCCUCCCGAGGAUGAUGACGAAGAGGAGGAUGAAGAGACGGAGGCUGUCGCCGUGGAGCGCCUGGAGGUGGAAAUUGGGGAGAGGUUCCAGACGGACGACCUCAACCUCCAGAAGAUCACAGAUACCCUGAUGGAUCACAGGGUUCCCCGGAUCUUGGUCAUUGCGAGAAGGUUGCCUCGGAUUGUCCGUUACCAGCUGUACAACAAGCUGAAACACCUGAUAGAGUACCGUGAGUCGCUGUUUGAGAAGGGCCAGCCUUUGAGUUUCACCAUGGCUCGCAGGAUGCUGCACCUCUCCUUCAAAUACUACAGCAACUUCGGGAUGUGGGACCCAGUCAAGCUGAGCGAAGGGGAGAUGAUGCAGCCGAUACAGGAUCCCUCGAACCCGAGCUUCCCUGUGCUUUUCCACCAGUUCAUUUACUUCUUUGCCUCCAAAGAAACUCGCAACAAAUUCCUGCUGAACCCGAUCAAGUACCUGAAGCAGCCCAGACCCAAGCCAUCUCUGCCGAUCAAAGUGGCCAUCGUUGGCCCAGCGAAAUCCGGGAGAACCACAGUUGCCAAGAAGUUUGCCAGCGAGUACGGAAUCCAGCGUCUAUCCAUUGGCAGUGCCAUGAGGGCUGUGCUGACCAAUCAGGGCCACCCAGAGCUAAUGGCGCAGAUGCUGAAGCACCUGUGGCAGGGCCUGACCGUCCCCGACGAGCUGGCUGUUAAGUGCCUGGAGGUGGCGCUCAUGAGCCUCGUCUGCAGCACCAGAGGGUUUGUCCUCGACGGCUUCCCCGUGACAAAGAGACAAGCUGACCUGAUGGAGAGUCGCGGCAUCAUCCCUUUCCGGAUAAUCGAGCUGCAGGUGGACAUGGUGGAGUCUCUGAAGAGGGGUCUGCUGGACAAAAUGAUGACGCCCAGGCCCCACCUGGUGCCUGACAGCCCUGACGCCCUCAGCGUUCGCCACUCCUGCUACCAACGUGAGGCUGAGGCCGUGAGGCAGCACUUCCAGGAGCGCUACCAGAACUGGGUGUCUGUGGACGGACACCGGAACAAGUGGAUGGUGUGGAACAAUGUCCUGCAGGAGACGCUCGCCAGUGUGAGGCACAUCCAGAUCUACCUGGAGAGGAUACGACAAGGCCAGGCAGCCUGCAUCGACCGCCUGUGCAUCACCCCCACCGAGCUGCAGGCCAGAAUGGGGGAAUUUGGCCUCUACUGCCCCGUCAGCCUGGCCCUCCGACACGAGCUGGUGGACUGCUCCCUUUCUCCCUCCCUGGAACUGGCGGCCGAGUUCCAAGGGCGCUACUACAAAAUGGCCUCCAGGGAGUUUCUAGAAAAAUUCCUUGCGACACCAGAGAAGUACGUGUCCCCAGGAUGUCCUCAUCGUCUCCCUCCUCCCGAGCUGCUGCCGCAGCGACUCACAGCCCUGGAGGUGAAGGCCAGGUUCCCCCAGCAGGUGGAGAUGAAGGGCCACUGCCCUGUCACCUACCUGGAUGGAGGACAGAGGUAUGAGGCUCUGGUACACGGGAACUCGGAGUUCGCCGCCGAAUACAGGGAAAGGAUCUAUAUCUUUGAGAACGAAGAAAAGCUCCAGAAGUUUCUGAGGUUACCUGAGAAGUACUGGGACCAGAAGCUUCCCCACAAACUCCCUCCCAUUAAGGAACCGGUGCUGCUCACAUCCCUUCCCAUGCUGGGAUACCUGGAACAGGGUGUGGCUACAGCGGUGAUAAGGGCUUUGACAGCGGUGGGAUGUUUCAAGCCGAAGUUUCCCUUCCUGAGCGCCAAGAGAUCUGCUCUGCUCUACAUGGCUCACCACCUGAAAGCGUUCAACCCCAGGAAGUCCGACUACGUCCGCAGCAAGUACAAGAAGAAGCUGCGGCACUUCGAGGAGGACUGUGAGCUCGUGUCGUACCUCGGCUCCAUCAUGACUCAGGAGUACAAAGAGCCCAGAGAGCGGCCCAUCGACUUCGAACAUAAAAUUCAUCGCUUCCUGGCACUGAAACAUACCAGAUACAACCCAGAAGGGGUCAUUUAACAUUUGGCGCUCCCAGCUCACAGCCCGUUCAUUGGCUCACGUGUUCGUAUCAACAGUAAUGGUAAAUGAAGUGUUUUAGUGGAUUUAACAGUCAAAUACAUUGGUUCCAGCUGUUAGAAAGUUAUGAAUUUUACCUGACCGUUUACCUGUCGAGCCAGUAGAUGACAGUAAGAGCACCUAAACAGACUGGACUUGCGGGACCACCUUAAUUCAACUCAUUUCCACGGUGUUUACAGCUCAUGCCUGCAGUUCCUGAGUGUUAGGGAUGAAUAACAUGAUGGGGAACGUUGCACAUUUAUGGGAGGAAUACAUGGCAAAGAAGGAGUUUUG